AAUAUAUCAAAUUCGGAUGGAGAUUUAUGCAGUGAGUGGAAAAUUCGAUACUAUCUUGGGAAAGGCAACUGCAAGAUUUAAUGUUAGCUAGGUGGAUAAUCGAUGCAAAGGGGAAAGUUCAAGUACUGUAAAGGGAAUUUCUGUAAAACCAGGAAUUUGGCUUGUAUCGGGUAGAAGAGCUAACUGGGUUGAAACUAAAUAUGAUAUCAGUCUAGAGCAAAAUACUUAUAAUUACGUUAAUAUAAAUAAUGCACAUAAUAUUAAUAAAAAGCGCUUUGACAUCCCUGGUUGUGGAAUGAAUUCAUGCAAUGAAGAUAAUAGUGACAAAUAUGAAGCACAGGAUUGCAAUGAAAAUAUAGAAAAUACUUCAAAAUGUGAUGAAAAUUUAAGUUAUCAUAAUGUAAAAAUACCAGAUAAAAGUAUUAAACAUGUUGAAACAUGUAUAGACAAGAAAUCGUGCCUCACUACAAAACCUAAAUCAAAUUCCUGUGCAAGCAAAUCUAUUAUCUCGAAAUUUGAUAUGUUAAAUCACUCUAGAAUAAGCUUAUUAGAUGAAUAUAAAUCGAAUAUUUCGGAUCAUAUUGCAUCUAUUGAUGAUAAAUCAUCUAUAACUGGUCCUUUCAAAAUGGAGCAAUCAAAAUGCCCAUCUGAAAAUGAUUUUGGUUCUCUGGAGAACUUGAAUGCAAAAGAAGAUUAUAAAUCAAUUCCUUCUCAAAUAUACUCCAUAAAAAAUGACAAAUAAGAUUAAUCUCCAUUAUAAAUAUAGUUGAAAAAAUGUUUUAGAUUAUUAUUUUUCAAAAUUACUAAGAAUUCUGGGUGAUUUUUAAAAUAUUAUUUUAUAAAA